CCCACCGUCGAUUUCCAUCCCGAAACGAGUUUAAUGCUUCCAUUAUCUCGUGAAGAUCGUCGAAUUCCCUUCACUCACGUGAGCAGGUCGCUUUAUAGUUUGUAAAUAUACCGGUUAUGGAAUUCCAUCUGAAAAAUAUAAAACGGUUUCGCGUGAUCUUGUAAAUUAAUUGACUAUAUACAUAUUUAAGCGGUUCUCGAGUUACACAGUUGACAGAACGUCGCGCGCGCGUCCGUAAACAAACGCGCUCCGCCGAGAUCCCGCGUUUCGGGUAUUUUUUGUACGUACGUCUUCAGGAUAGGGUGGCUCACGAUGCAGAUCAACGAGUACGAGGAGCCGGGGGACGAUAUCCGGAUACACAUGGAAGUGACCACUGACAUGGAGGAUAUACAAGGAGAAGGAGGUGGUGGUUACUUGAAAUCAAAUGCUUACAUCAACCCAGCUUUGUCUGUUUCUACCCACGAUCUGAGUAGCAACGGAAAAGUUUUCAGGGGAUGUAAUGACUUUGAAGUCGUUGAAGCCUCCAACACCUCCUCAGUGGGACAAACCUUCAGAACUUUCGCGGACUGGUCCAGAUCCAAGGCGAGAAAAAUCUGCUCCAAGAAGACCCUCUACAGGAGGCUACCAAUACUCUCGUGGCUGCCUCAAUAUACGACAGAAAAGGCGGUUGGCGACCUGGUCGCUGGCAUAACUGUCGGUUUAACUGUGAUACCUCAAGCUUUAGCUUAUUCUAACAUUGCGCAUUUACCGCUGCAAUACGGACUCUAUACAUCCUUUUUGGGAUGCUUUAUUUAUAUUUUUCUGGGAGGUUGCAAAGAUGUGCCUUUCGGUCCUACGGCCAUUGUGUCGAUAAUUACGUAUGAAACUGUGGGGGAUAAGGGUGCAGAGCACGCCACCUUGCUGUGUUUGCUGACGGGGGCGAUACAGUUGCUGAUGGGCCUGUUUGGAUUUGGUUUUAUAAUAGACUUCGUUUCCGGACCUGUAGCUUCCGGUUUCACUUCAGCCGUUGCUCUUAUCAUACUGACCUCGCAAGUGAAGGAUCUCCUAGGAAUAACAGCGCCUGGAAGCGUUUUCAUACACACCUGGUCCAACAUCUUCAAGAACAUACACCAGACCAAAGUAGGGGACGCAGUCCUCGGCUUCCUGUGCAUACUGAGCCUCCUGAUACUCAGGUUAGGAUCCCAAAUUCCGAUUUCAACGACCAGUGAAGAUGGCAAACCGAGGACUCCUAUCAAGAUCUGGAGGAAUAGGUUGUUAUGGUUCAUUGCUACCUCACGCAACGCCAUUCUAGUAGUUGCCAGUGGUUCCAUCGGGUACUACUAUUAUAAAACGGGUCAUGUUCCGUUCUCCCUUAUUGGGUAUGUUCCACAAGGACUUCCCAAUCUCCAGAUGCCAAAGUUCGAAUAUGAGAAGAUUGAGGGAAACAGCACAGUAGUCGUGACCUUCAAAGAUAUGGUGUCAGACCUUGGAAGCGGUAUCAUCAUUGUUCCCCUACUGGCCUUGCUGGAGAACAUCGCCAUUUGCAAAGCCUUCGCUAAUGGUAAAACAGUCGAUUCCACCCAGGAGUUUCUGGCGAUGGGCAUCUGCAACAUCUUGAAUUCCUUCGUCCAGGCUUUCCCAGCCUCUGGGUCCUUAUCGAGAAGCGCAGUCCAACACAGCAGUGGGUCUAGAACACCUUUGUGUUCGGUCUAUGCUGGUAUCUUGGUCGUUUUAGCUCUUCUUUUCUUCACGCCUUGCUUCUAUUUCAUUCCAAAAGCAGCAUUGGCUGCUGUGCUCAUAGCUGCUGUUAUCUUCAUGGUGGAGGUCAAAGUUGUCAAACCCAUGUGGAGAACCAAAAAAAGCGAUUUGAUACCAGGGCUUGGAACAUUUAUCGCUUGCCUUAUAUUGCCUUUGGAGCGGGGAGUGUUUAUUGGAGUAGCCAUCAACUUGAUUUUCAUACUACAUCAAGCAGCAAGGCCAAAAAUUACCAUAGAACGAUUGAAAACCAAAAAUGGGUUUGAGUACUUAAUGCUGACUCCAGACAGAUGCCUGAUAUUCCCAUCUGUAGAUUACGUCAGGAAUUUGGUGACCAAGUAUUCAACUAAAGAAAAGAUCGUGGUGCUGGAUUGUUCCUACAUUUACGGUGCAGACUACACUGCUGCUUGCGUGAUACAAAUUUUGACGGCUGAUUUUGCGUCGAGAAAGCAACCGUUGAUAUUCUACAACCUGAAGCCUAGUGUCAGUGCAGUUUUUGAGGGAUUGAGCCCGAAGGAUUUUGUGGUGGUGUAUAAUGAAGAUGAACUCGAGAGGUUGAUAGAGCAUAAGUCUUUUGUAAUAAAGUAGAAGUGUCGUUUGAACAGAGAGUUUUACUUUUACCUUUUAUAUCUGGCAUCACUUGAACAAACAUCUCUUAAAAGGUGGACGAAUGUUAGAUACGUGAUCUAUUUUUGAAUAAAAACAUUGUUAUUUUUGUGUAAA